GCGUUCCAACUACUUCAACACUCUCUGCUUCUCUGAGAAGUUGGACCAGUUGGGUAGAUGCCGCUUCAUGGCCAAGUCAGAGUUUACAGAUGGCGUGAUGAAGCUGGACAAGAAGAAAGUCGUCAUCGUCGGAUGUGGUGCGCAGGGCCUGAACCAGGGCCUGAACAUGCGCGACUCUGGCUGUGAUGUCAGCUAUGCUUUGCGAAAGGAUGCCAUCGAGAAAAAGCGACAAAGCUUUGUGAAUGCCUCGCAGAACGGCUUCAAGGUAGGAACCUAUGAGGAGCUGAUCCCUGACGCAGACUUGGUUUGCAACCUCACACCAGACAAGCAGCACACUGCCGUGGUUUCUGCAGUCAUGCCAAUGAUGAAGAAAGGCGCCUGCCUAGCAUACAGUCACGGUUUUAACAUUGUCGAGGAGGGCAUGAGGGUCCGAGAGGAUCUCACAGUGGUCAUGGUGGCGCCCAAGUGCCCAGGAACUGAGGUGCGCGAGGAGUACAAGCGUGGCUUUGGAGUUCCCACGCUGAUUGCGGUGCACCCCGAGAAUGAUCCCAAGGGCGAUGGCCUGGACAUUGCAAAGGCCUAUGCCGCGGCCACCGGCGGAGAUCGUGCUGGAGUGCUUUUGAGUUCCUUUGUGGCUGAGGUGAAAAGCGAUUUGAUGGGCGAGCAGACCAUCCUGUGUGGAAUGCUUCAGACAGGUGCCGUUUUGUCCUUCGACAAGAUGGUGGCUAGCGGCAUUGACCCGGGGUAUGCCUCAAAACUCAUUCAGUAUGGCUGGGAGACCAUCACAGAGGCGCUGAAGCACGGGGGCAUCACCGGAAUGAUGAAUCGUUUGGACAAUCCUUCCAAGGUGAAGUGCUUUGAACUAGCAGAGGAGCUGAAGCAGAUCAUGCAGCCCCUCUAUGCCAAACAUCAGGAUGACAUCAUCACCGGAGUCUUCUCCGAGACCAUGAUGAAGGAUUGGGACAACGAUGAUGCCAACUUGCUGAAGUGGAGACAAGAGACUGCUGAGACUGGCUUUGAGAAGACCCCUGCUGGCAGCAUGCAAAUCAAGGAGCAAGAGUACUUCGACAACGCUAUCCUCAUGGUGGCCAUGAUCAAGGCAGGUGUAGAAUUGGCCUUCGAGGAGAUGGUCAAGGUUGGCAUGAAGCCCGAGAGUGCCUACUACGAAUCCUUGCAUGAGACGCCUCUUAUCGCCAACACCAUCGCAAGAAAGAAACUCUACGAGAUGAACAAGGUCAUUUCUGACACUGCCGAGUAUGGUUGCUAUUUGUACACCCAAGCUUGCGUACCUCUGCUGAAGGACUUCAUGGCAAAGGUAGACACCAGCGUCGUUGGCACCAAGUAUAACAAAGGUGACAAUGGCGUUGACAACCAGACCCUCUUAGCAGUGAACGAGGCCAUUGCCUCGCAUCCUGUGGAGGUGGUUGGAAGGGAACUGAGAGGUCACAUGACUGCCAUGAAGAAGAUUGCAGUUGGUGAAUGA